AUGGCUAACCAGACAUUUUUAACAGCUCCAACAGAGAUUGUAUAUCUUUACUCCUUGAGCAAAUUCCAACCACUUACUAGAAAGUACAUUAAAUGCAAAAGUGAUACAGACACGAAUUUUCUUUUCCUUGUCCUAGGAGGUGGUGAUGGCUAA